AUGCUGGUGAAACAAGGAAUGGAGGAACAGGAGAACGUCUGGGUUCUCUUCCCCCACCUUAUUAAGAUGAACAACCCUGCGUGGGCUACGGUUGUUCAGACACUGGCUGAGUUGAGCUCAAAAAGGCUCGGGAUCGACGACACAGAGAUGCAGCCGGUAUUGUCCACAGUGAUAGUGGUGGGUGCUAGAGGGAGGCUCGAUAAGCAGCGAGCCACGAACAUCAGUCGCUCCAUGGCGACGUUGGUGGUGACGUUGCCGUCUGAACCAAACUUCCUGGGAGCUCCGCCGGCUCCCCCAACCGUGUCUUUACUUUCGCUGGACACUACAAGUAAUUCUUUAGCAGAUCUCCUGCUUAAUCAAGACAUGACCAAGACUAGAGCUCAGAGCUCGGUCCUAGCUGACGGCGAGGCUGAAAGAGGGCCAGCUCCCAUUUUCGCGCCUAUCGUCCCACCGCGGAUCACCAAGACGUCCCAUGCGGCGUUGGUGAAGUGGCGUAAGGAGCGGCGGGAGUACGAGGACACCAUCCGCAAUCGUGCCAAGGGCGAUACGGAUGAUCUGAUCGUCUCGAUCAAGAACACCUUUGACGAAGGACUUCUUCGAGAGUGGUGCCGUCUCCGAUGGAAAGUAUCCAUCGAUGAUGUCACCGGCUCCACCAUACUGGAGGAAAUUGAGAAAAUCAUUUCCUCAGUGAAAAACAACAGUGCGCCCGAUAUCGACCUAGAAAUGGCCGAAAACCUGCACAUGGACUUAAGUGAAAGUGAUGUUCACGAACGAGUGAUUCAAUAUUUCAAAAUCUGUCGCGAAAUAAUUGAAGAUCACGAAUGGAAUAUUUUCUUCACUGGUCCUGAUGGGACAAAGCAGUUGUGCUCCAUUCUGAUAAAGUCGCUUGAGCCUAAGGCUCUGAGAGAAGAGGUGGACCGGACAGCGCGUUUCCAAGUGCGAAAGGCACGAGAGGACGAGGUCAUACUUCACGAACUGAUCCUUGAGAAGGCACUCGACCAUGAGAAGGCUUUUCAAAACCAACGACGCGCCAAGCGUGAUCGUGACCGAGGAGAUCGUGAACCUGAUCGUGCAUCCGUGCGUACAGGCAGCAAGAAACCUAUCAAGAAACCGAGGCUAGCGGAUGUGACGAGUACUACUGGCUCACAGCCAGUUACCAAGGCCACUGACCGUCCGAAAGUGCCUCCGACCCCCUGCCCUCACUGCGGUGAUGUCCAUUGGCUGUCCGAAUGCCCCACGGCUACGGACAGCAAAACGGCAGAGAUUCGUAAGAAAUUGCGAGCUCAACGUGGUGAAAAAUCAAAAAGAGAGGUGGCACGCCUAAAACGUCUUCGUGAAUGUAUCCCCAACGAAGAAAAAACUGUCAUUUUAAAUGAAGUGAUGGAACUGCCGUAUUGUGCCGACAAGCUGUCCAGAUGGGCUAGCCAGCCAACUACUACAGUGAGGUUGAAGCGUUUCACUAGCAAGAAGGCGAAAAAGCAGAGAACAGUGACUACUACAGAAGUGAAACAAGCGCUUAGGCCCCUGGACGAGGAGAACUUCACGUGGCCGACUCUGAACGAGUUCAAGGAGACACAACAGCAGCAUCAACCAAUCGCAGGCGCAGUACGAGGUGCAGACGACGUGCUGAGGGUGAAUAAGAGAAUCUGGAUCCCAAGGGCGUGGGUGGACCUCACCCAGCGGCUGUGUGUAAUCGCCCACUGCGGAGCCCAGGGCCACCGUGGCGAGCAGGCGAUGGUGAACCACCUGCGUCGACUGUUUCAUAUCCCCGACAUUCGGGGCGUCGUGCACACAUAUGUGUCGACGUGCCUAUUGCGCCCUCAUGUGAAGGGUGGCAAAAUGAUACGUCGACCGUGGGGUGAAACUAUCGAGUGCAAUGAAAGAAACGGAGUAUUGCAUUGGGACUUCCUAUCACCUGGCGAAUUCAUCGGAGACAGCAAGUACUUGCUCGUCCUCAAGGACCACGCCACUCACUUCUGUGAGCUCGUGGUGUGCGAUGCAGCUGACAGUGCUGUUGCCACCGCUGCCAUCCUCGACUGGCACAGUCGAUUUGGAGCUCCACCAGUGUGGGUAAGUGGUAACGGCAGCCACUUCAAGAACGAAGUGGUAGCUGAGCUUUCAAAGCGACUGAAGAGUCAACAAAACUUUAUUCUAGCAUACUGCCCCUGGAUAAACGGGUCAGUGGAGCGCGUCAACCGCGACAUCCUCCAAGUGCUACGGGUGAUGACGCUAGAAUACAAAGUUUCUACAAAGGACUGGGAAUAUCUAGUACCUUUGGUUCAAGCCAGCUUGAACCACACUGCACUACCUUCGCUCGGCAACCGAGCACCCGUAGAACUCUUCACUGGAUUGCAGUGUCCAUCGCCUCUGGCAGAGUUCUACCACCCCGGUAGCAAAAAGCUAGUCAUUGUGCCGAAGAAUUCGGAUGCAAUUGACAAACAUUUGGCUCAGCUAAGGCAGAGCCUGUGCACAAUGCACCAACCUAUUGUAGACCAGCGUUUGAAGCAACGUCUACUCAACAAAAAGAAAGAUCGAGGUGACAAUGUUGUCAACUUUGACGUAGGCGACUACGUUUUACGCUCACGCGUGGACGAAAAGAAAAGGAACAAGCUACUAGUAACGUGGCAAGGACCAUACAGAGUGGUCCGAGCUGACGUGCAUUCCUUCCGAAUCCGUCACUUAGUGACAGGGUGUGAGCUAGAUGUUCACGAAUCACGUCUAAAGUUCUACGCAGACAAAAAUCUGAACGUAACCGAGGAAAUUCUCGAACACGUGGCCUCCCAGGGCAUCAUCCUGGCCAUCAAUGAGCUGAAAAAGCAUCGAUGGAACAAGUCUAUCAAGGACUAUGAGGUUUUAGUUAACUGGAAAGGCUUGGAGUCCGUAGAAGACUCCUGGGAACUGCUGACAUCUCUGGCCAAAGAAGUCCACGUUCUACUGAAUCAGUGCAUUCAGAAGCAGGGUAGUAAGUUGCCUACGUAUUGGAAAGACUAUCAGUCCAAAUUUCAAUAA